CUCUCUCUCCCUCCAAUUCGCCCUCACUCACUCACUGAGUCACUCGUUUUUCGCCACCGCCAGCAACACCACUCAAAACCAGUAAUUCGAUUUUGUAUUUACGUUGAUAGACAACAUAUACUAUAUAUGGGUUGCGCAGCGUCGAAGCUCGACAACGAGGACACGGUGCGGCGGUGCAAGGAGCGGCGCCGCCUAAUGAAAAACGCGGUUUACGCUCGCCAUCACCUGGCCGCGGCUCACGCAGACUACGUCCGUUCCCUGCGCCUCACUGGCUCGGCACUCUACUCCUUCGCCAAAGGCGAGCCGCUCUCCGUAUCCGACCAAACCCCGGCCGUCUUCCUCCACCAACCACCUCCACCAACUCCCUCCAAUCCCGUCCCCCCACGUGUCCCGUCCCCCUCCCCUUCCUUCCAUCAACCACCGCAACCGCCUUCGUUGUCUCCCACUAUCGCCAGCUCUAAGCUCCCCCACAUCCUCUCGUCUUCUGCCGCCCCUACUCCUCGAAGAACCACGUCGUUCAAGAAACCGAAGCCGAAGCCGAAACUCCCCCACAUACUCUCCGAGUCGAGCUUUGCUAGUUCCUCUCCGCGAAGCGAUUUCUUCCCCAGCGCCUACCAGGCCAACUCCACCUACUCCAGCACUCCGUCCCAGGCGUCCUCCGUGUGGAACUGGGAGAACUUCUAUCCUCCCUCCCCUCCAGACUCCGAAUUCUUCAACCAACGGAAUACCGAGUUCCACAGUGGAAGAGUCGACCGUCCACAACAACACGAUUUGGACCAAGACGACGACGAGGAAGACGAAGGAACCGAGAGAGAGUACGAUUUCUUCGAGAAAAAAUACCGGGAGGAGGAGACCGAGCCGGCCACAGAGGCUGAGCGAGAGCGAGAGGAGGUUCACUGUAGCGAAUGGGGGGACCAUUACAGCACCACUAGCUCUUCCGAAGAAGAAGAACUGGUAGAUGACGGCGACGGGGAUUCGAGAUCCGAGAUCGGUACCCGGUCGAACUUCGGGGCAUCGUCGGUAGCUGCGGAGACGGAGCCUGAGCCUCCGCGGAAGUAUCCGACGAUGAUGAAGUCGGAGGACGCAGGGUCAUCUGCGGGGAGCUAUCGGACCGGGGAGAGAUCAUCGGAUAACAUGAAGAUGGUGGUGAGACACAGGGACUUGAAGGAGAUCGUGGAGGCUAUUAGGGAGAAUUUCGAGAACGCCGCUGCGGCCGGCGACCAGGUUUCGGAGAUGCUGGAGAUUGGCAGGGCUCAGCUCGAUCGGAGCUUCAGGCAGCUGAAGAAGACAGUGUACCAUUCAAGUAGUGUGUUGAGCAACCUGAGCUCGAACUGGACCUCAAAACCGCCACUUGCGGUUAAAUACCGGAUCGAUGCGGGUUCGCUCGAUGAACCGGGCGGUCCAAAGAGCCUCUGCUCCACCUUGGAGCGGCUCUUGGCUUGGGAGAAGAAGCUCUACGAAGAAGUCAAGUCUAGAGAGGGCGUGAAGAUUGAACAUGAAAAGAAGCUGUCCACGCUGCAGAGUCAGGAAUACAAAGGAGAGGAUGAAAUCAAGUUAGACAAGACCAAGGCUUCAUUAAAGAGACUGCAGUCACUAAUUAUUGUCUCAUCUCAGGCUGUCUCUACCACAUCAACUGCAAUCAUCGGUCUUAGAGACUCUGAUCUUGUUCAGCUUGUUGAACUCUGUCAUGGGUUUAUGUACAUGUGGAGAUUAAUGAACCAGUACCAUGAAGUUCAGAACCACAUUGUGCAGCAAGUUCGCGGCCUUGUGAACGGGUCAACCAAGGGUGAUGCAACCUCUGAAUCACACCGGCAGGCAACUCGCGACCUUGAAUCAGCUGUUUCUGCCUGGCACUCCAGUUUCUGCCGCCUCAUAACAUUUCAGCGGGACUUUAUCCAGUCCCUCCAUGGCUGGUUCAAGCUCACCCUCUUACCGGUUAACAAUGACAACACAAAUGGCAACAGUGAAACCUCCGAAGUAUAUGCCUUUUGUGACGAGUGGAAGCUUGCCCUUGAUCGCGUUCCUGACACAGUUGCUUCUGAAGCUAUCAAGAGCUUUGUCAACGUUGUUCAUGUAAUAACCUUAAAACAAACUGAAGAGCUCAAGAUGAAAAAACGUACUGAAACUGCAUCAAAGGAGCUUGAGAAAAAGGCUUCAUCUGUUAGAAACAUAGAAAAGAAGUUCUACCAUUCAUACUCCAUGGUAGGUAUUGGGCUUCCUGAUCCCGGACCUGAAAAUGGGCAGAUGUUGGAUGCCCGUGACCCUCUUGCCGAGAAGAAAUCUGAGCUUGUAGCCUGCCAAAGACGGGUGGAAGACGAGAUGCUGAGGCAUUCCAAAGCGGUCGAGGUGACGAGAGCAAUGACACUAAAUAAUCUUCAGACGGGAUUGCCAGGAGUUUUUCAGGCAUUAACCAGUUUUUCUGCGCUAUUUACAGAGGCACUCCAGACAGUCUGCAUCCGUUCCUACGCAAUCAAAUAGAUUGCAUACGAUCAUUCUGCGCGCAUGGGUGUCUGAGGUAAUUGGGAAUCCUCAAGGGCUGGGUUUUUUGUUUUUUUGGCGGGCUCUUAUUAUUGUUACUGUUAUUACUUAUUAGUUUUGGGUGUUCUAUUCUACUUGUAAAUACGAGGAAUUUUGUGAUUUUGUCGCCCUUUUUUUUGGCGGAAAGGAGAAUGUCUUUGUAUAGUAAAUUGCUGGGAUUGUUGUACCAGAGAUUGACAAAUUCUGCAGAUGAAUAAAUAUACGCCUUCUACUUUC